AUGGAGUGGAUGGAUUUUGCAUUAGAAAGGGCAAAAGAAUCCUUUAAAGCAGGCGAAGUUCCUGUCGGUUGUCUUUUUAUUUACGAAAACAAAAUAAUUGCAACUGGUAACAAUACUGUUAAUGAAACUCGCAAUGCAACAAGACACGCCGAAUUGAAUUGUAUUGACCAAGUUUUAAAAUUCUCCGAUGAAAAACACUUGGAUUAUAAAUCUGUUUUUCAAAAUAUUGACGUUGUAGUUACAGUUGAACCAUGCAUAAUGUGCGCUGCCGCUUUAUACGAACUUAAAGUUCGAAGUAUUAUUUUUGGUUGUGCUAAUGAUAGAUUUGGUGGUUGUGAUAGUGUUUUUAAUGUCGAAACGAUUUACGGUUCAAAAAUAAAAGUUGUUGGUAACGUUAAAGGCGACGAGGCUAUGCAACUAUUAAAAGACUUUUAUAAAGGGGAAAAUCCAAAUGCACCUGAAUCGAAGGUUAAGAAAAGUAAAAAAAACAGUGUUAGAGUAAAACAUGUUUAAUUAAACAAUUUACAAUUUUUCAUAUUAAAUUAAAGAACUAUAAAAUUUUUAUUUAAUUGCUAUUUAAUAACUAAAGGAAUACUCCUAAUUUAAUACUGUACCCUUUUUCGAUAUUAGAAAAAAGAAUAAAUCUUUUUGAUGGAA